AUGAGGUUGUCAUAAUUCAUUAAUGCAUAAAAGGGUUAAUUAGUAAAGCGGUUCCACUGCUUUACUCUACUAUAAUACGCACAGUACAACAUGAAAACUAUGGGCAAAGUGAGAAUGAUGAAAUAAAAGUUUAUGUUAGGACUGGGAAGUCAAACCAAUUUAUGGCGCUCUUCAAAACUAUUUAAAACAUAAGAAUAAACUUUUGCAUCAACAGUCAUGACCACAGCACAAAGCACAAUGCCGGCAACCACCACUACAACAGGAGCAACGAACACCACAACGACACCAACAACAACUGUAAGUGGACCUACAACCACAACAACAACACCUCCGACCACCACAACAGCACCUCCAACUAUGACAACAGCACUACCAACCACUACAACAGCACCUUUGACCACCACAACGACACCAGCAACCAUUACAACAGCAUCUCCAACCACCACCACCACAACAGCAGUACCAAUCACUACAACAGCACCUGCAACCACCACAACCACAUCAACAAGCACUACAACAGAACCUCCGACCACGACAACCUCUAGACCAACUACCACAAUAGUGCCUCUGACCACUACAACAGCACCUCCAACCACAACAACAACAACACCAACCACUUCAACACCACCACCAACCACUACAACAGCACCUCCGACCACGACACCACCAACCACUACAACAGCACCUCCGACCACUACAACAGCACCUCCAACCACAACAACACCAAUGACCGUUACAACGCCACCAACCACUACAACAGCACCUCCAACCACGACCACGACACCACCAACCACUACAACAGCACCUCCAACCACUACAACAACACCACCAACGACUACAACAGCACCUCCGACCACUACAACAGCACCUCCAACCACAACAACAACAACACCAACCACUUCAACACCACCAACCACUACAACAGCACCUCCGACCACGACACCACUAACCACUACAACAGCACCUCCGACCACCACUACAACUACACCACCGACCACUACAACAACAACACCAACGACUACAACAGCACCUCCGACCACUACAACAGCACCUCCAACCACAACAACACCAAUGACCGUUACAACACCACCAACCACUACAACAGCACCUCCGACCACGACCACGACACCACCAACCACUACAACAGCACAUCCAACCACCACUACAACAACAACACCAACGACUACAACAGCACCUCCGACCACUACAACAGCACCUCCAACCACAACAACAACACCAACCACUUCAACACCACCACCAACCACUACAACAGCACCUCCGACCACUACAACAGCACCUCCAACCACAACAACAACAACACCAACCACUUCAACACCAUCACCAACCACUGCAACAGCACCUCCGACCACGACCACGACACCACCAACCACUACAACAGCACCUCCGACCACCACUACUACAACACCACCAACCACUACAACAACACCACCAACGACUACAAUAGCACUUCCGACCACUACAACAGCACCUCCAACCACUACAACAACAACACCAACCACUACAACAGCACCUCCAACCACCACUACAACAACACCAACCACUACAACAGCACCUCCAACCACCACUACAACAACACCACCAACCACUACAACAGCACCACCAACCACUACAACAGCACCUCCGACCACGACCACAACACCACCAACCACUACAACAGCACCUCCAACCACCACUAUAACAACACCACCAACGACUACAACAGCACCUCCGACCACUACAACACCACCACCAACCACUACAACAGCACCUCCGACCACGACCACGACACCACCAACCACUACAACAGCACCUCCGACCACUAUAACAACACCACCACCAAACACUACAACAGCACCUAUGACCAUGACACCACCAACCACUACAACAGCACCUCCGACCACCACUACAACAACACCACCGACCACUACAACACCACCACCAACGACUACAACAGCACCUCCGACCACUACAACAGCACCUCCAACCACGACCACGACACCACCAACCACUACAACACACCUCCAACAACGACCACGACACCACCAACCACUGCAACAGCACCUCCGACCACGACAACACACCUCCGACCACUACAACACCACCUCCAACUACAACAACAACAACACCAACCACUACAACAGCAUCUCCAACCACCACUUCAACACCACCACCAACCACUACAACAGCACCUCCGACAACGACCACGACACCACCAACCACUACAACAGCACCUCCGACCACGACAACAGCACCUCUAACCACAACAACACCAAUGACCCACCUCCGACCACGACCACGACACCACCAACCACUACAACAGCCCAUCCAACCACCACUACAACAACACCACCAACGACU